AUGACUUUCCAACCAGUGAACUCUCCAUCACUACAACCAGACCAUUCACGAGAUUUCCAUGAUGAAUCAAAUACUCCGACUACCCCUCGAGCUCGCGCAACGCAGAUAUCAACUAAGCAGGUCAUGGUCGAUAGUGGACAGAAUCUAACCACAACUGUUGUCACAACGAGCGCUUCAAAUCUACCAGGGCAAAGGCCCCUUCCAACCUCACCCUUCGCCACUCAAGCUGAACAUGGAACCAAGAUAAGCAUGUUGCAGAGGGGCGGGUCCAACAAUUCGGGUCAAUCAACUCAGGCAGCGGAGGAGAUGGAGUUGGACGGUUCUGACGAAGAGCAAGAUGGUUCUGACAAUGAAACAGAGAGCGGGGAUCCGGGUAGGUCGUCGAAGAAGAAGAAAGGUCAGAGAUUCUUCUGCACAGACUUUCCGCCUUGCAAUCUGAGCUUCACUCGCAGUGAGCAUCUUGCUCGUCAUAUUAGGAAGCACACUGGAGAACGGCCCUUUCAGUGUCAUUGUAAUAGAAGAUUUUCACGUCUUGAUAAUCUUCGCCAGCAUGCGCAAACUGUUCAUGUCAACGAGGACAUACCUGCAGAAUCGCUUGCAGCUACUGGCACUCGUUACCAGAGACAAAUCAGAACCGAGAAACUGAGGCCAGCUGGCAGUCGAGCGCGCAGCGGGAACCUGGGCAGUCAAGGUGGUCACAGUCGAGGUCACAGCCGAAAUCUUUCCGCCUCCAGUAUCGGCUCUACUGCUUCCAAUUACAGCACCACCGAAACUCGCAGAAGACCACCCCCGUUGUUGAUGGCCACAGACGUUACUACUCGACCACAGCUUACCUUAGAACCACCAGGUACGCCUCCAUCACAUUAUCGUGGCUACUCCACCAAUUCGCCUGGUGGGAUGACGACUCCUACUUCGUCGACAUAUUCAGCGAACCCAGGUAGCCCGGGAUAUGGGUCUUUCAUGGAAUCACCGGUCUCCGGAACCUCUAGAAUGGCAGGGUUCUAUGGUAGUCGCACUCCUGGCAGACGCCUUUCUGUUCCUUCUAGUGCAAAUACCUUUCAAACAGUUCACAACCAUACUCAACCUCAUCCCUAUAUGAGCCCUUUACCAUCUUCCACAAGCAGCUUUUCGAAUAACCCUAGCAAUUUUGCCAGUCCGACGUCCUCCCAGUUCUCGUAUUCUCGUAUGGAGCCUAACAUAUCUCCUGCUGAGGCUGAGUUGCGACGAAGAACAUGGCACCCUUCAUCAUAUGCAGCAAGUGGCUUCAAUUACUCUCGACCUGCAACUAGUGGUCUGAGUUUUUCGCAAACUCCUGACGCUUUACAGCCGGCUCUCACACCGUAUGCCUCGGCAGCGGCCGGUCAGGCUCCGCGUCUACCGGGGAUUGAAAGCUUUGAUGAAGUGCGAAAUCGUCCUUCCACACCCCCACGUCGCCAACCCAGUCCUAUGCUGAUCGACACACCUCCACAGUCAACAUUGUCCACAAAUCAUGGUACAUUCCAACGUCAUGCUCCGCCAGCUUCUGAUCAUCGAAGAGGGCAUUUCUCUUGGGAUGGAUCGCACCAUGGCCCAUUCUCGAGACCUGACUUGCAAACAAAUCUAUCAAGGGACGCGACUUCUUGGGGUCAGCAAACGCUCAACGAAAUCCACAACGCUGCAUCCCGUCCUAUCUUUCAGAACACUGUAGCUACGACUUAUCGACCAGGCGGUGUCAUAGUGCAGAAUGAGCCAACACGCCAAGCUCAUGUCGAAUCUCCUCCUCCUCAACAACAACAACCACCACCAAAUACACCACAGCGCAGCAAGAGACUUGGAUGGUACAACGGUCCCCCCAGCGCUGGACCCCGUGGAAGUCAAACCGCGCGAAGGUCUCCAGAGGACUCAAGCAGCAGCGAUGGCGUUGUGACACCUGGGACAUCAGCAGCAGAAGUUCACCCGGCAAUCAUGCACAGCAAUGGGUAUAUUGAACCCCACCAUCCUGUCCUGCCGGCAGAAGCUCAAGCGGAUGCAUGUGUACCAGAGCUCUCUAACCAUCCUGCACCACUACGAGGUCAGGCUCAUAGGCCGAGCUAUAUUAGCGGACGGUCGAACACCAACAACGACAUGGGUCGUCUUGAGGCACUUGUCGCAGUCGCAACGAGCGAGGAUAAGGCAGCUACUGUUGCACGAUGA